AUGGGGAAAGGUCGGAGAUUGACAAUGAGUCGGAGCGAGCUGUUUCUCGGUAGUCAUCAUCACUCCGAUGACCGCCACGUGAACAGAGGAGAAACCACCGUCGAGCUAGAGCUCAUGGAAGAGGAUGUUUGGUCGGUGGUCGAACCUAACGACGACCCAACAGAAGAGAGCGCGUGGACCGCACGCUCCCGCGACGCGAGUAGCGGCGAACGGAGAAGUAACGGCCGCGGCUAUGUAAGUGGCCUGACCGUUACGGACAAUGGAUGGAGGAAGAAACACGUGGCGACUUCUGCGCCGGUGAAAGUGCCUGACUGGAGCAAGAUCCUAAAGGUAGAGUCCGUCGAAUCAAUGCAUGUUGACGUGGCGGAUGGUGAUUGGGAGAGUGAGAUGGUGCCGCCUCAUGAAUACGUGGCGCGUCGCCGUAACGGUGACGGUGGUUCGUCGGUGUUUUUGGGCGUGGGGAGAACUCUAAAGGGACGUGACAUGAGACGGGUCAGAGACGCCGUGUGGAGCCAAACCGGGUUCUAUGGUUAA